UCUUCUUGAUCAUUUUUUUCUUCCUACCAUGUCUGGUGCAGAUGUUGGCAUUGCCUUUCUGUCUGCCUUCCUUCAGGUGGCUUUUGACCGGUUGGCCACUGGAGAAACCCUUCCCUACUUCCAAAAGAGACGAUUGAACGAGACACUGGUGAAGAAGUUGAAGAUCAUGCUCAUAUCUGUGAACAGUGCAAUUGAUGAUGCUGAGUAUAAGCAGUUUAGUGAUCCAAAUGUGAGGGCCUGGCUUUUGGAGCUCAAAGACGCUGUGUACGAUGCUGAGGAUGUCUUGGAUGAGAUUAGCAAUGAACUCUACAAACGCAAGUUGGAAGCCGAAGCUGAACCUCAAACUAGUGUUACUAGCAAGGUACGCAAAUUCUUCAAUGCUUCUGCUACUUCAUUUGACCAGGAAAUUGAAUCAAGGAUGAAACAAGUCCUUGAAAACCUUGAAUUUCUUGAGAGCAGAAGGAUUGGUUUGGGAUUAAACGAAGGUAAAGAUGGUGCUGUUGGGUCUGUCACAAAGCUGCCGACAACUUCUUUGGUGGAUGAAGUUGGAAUAUGUGGAAGGGAUAAGGACAAAGAUAUCAUCAUUAAGCAGUUGCAAAAUGACUGUCACUUUUCUGUGAUCUCUAUAGUCGGUAUGGGUGGACUGGGCAAGACUACCCUUGCUCAGCUUGUUUAUAAUGAUAAAAGGAUUAAGAGUGAAUUUGACCUCAGACUUUGGGUAUGUGUUUCUGAUGACUUUGAUGUUUUGAGGUUGACAAAAAUAAUUUUCAAGAAAAUCAUGACAUCUAACGAUGAGGCACAAGAUUUAGAUGCACUUCAAAAUAAAUUGAAGGAUUGGUCGUCUAAAAAAAAAUUUCUUAUUGUUCUUGAUGAUGUUUGGUGUGAUGAUUACGUAUUAUGGGAAGCUUUUUUAGCACCUUUCAUCGGUGGGGUUGUGGGAAGCAGAAUUCUUGUUACUUCACGCAAUGAGAAAGUUGCCUUAGCCGUCCCCUCUGAUGAAAUAUAUCACCCAAAUCACUUGUCAGAUGAAGAUGGUUGGUUGUUAUUUACAAAGUAUGCAUUUCGCAACUGUUGUCCACCAACGAAUUUUAAUCAUGAAGAAAUUGGAAGAAAGAUUGUUAAAAAGUGCAAAGGUUUGCCUUUGGCCUUGAAAACAAUUGGGAGUCUCUUGUACAGGAAAUCAUCUUGGGAAGAAUGGAACAAUAUUUUGAGAAGUGAGAUAUGGAACAUUUCUUAUAAAAAUAUUCUUCCUGCUUUGAUAUUGAGCUAUCAUUAUCUCCCUUCUCAUCUAAAACGAUGCUUUGCUUAUUGUUCAUUAUUCCCAAAGGAUUAUGAAUUUGGCAAGGAGGAAUUAAUUCUAUUGUGGACGGCUCACAAUUUCUUACAAGCCUCUCAUGCAAAUAAGUCAAUUGAAGAAGUAGGCAAUGAAUACUUCCAAGAGCUUGUGUCAAGAUCUUUUUUUCAGGAGUCUUCUGAAAAUGAAGCAUGUUUUGUUAUGCAUGAUAUUCUCAAUGAUUUGGCAAAUUUUGUAUCAGGAGAGCUUUGUUUCAAGCAAGAGGUUAAAGAGGCGGCAUAUAAUGUAGAAAAAACCCGUCACUUAUCUUUUUCGCGUCAUCAAUUUAGAGAAUAUAGAUGGUUUGAGAAUUUGGAAAAAAUGAAAAAAUUACAGACAUUCUUGCCUCUUACUGGUUUCGAGUGGAUUUCAAGCGACCUAAUAUUUGACCAAUUAUGUAAGUGCAAAUGCUUGCGAGUUUUAUCUCUAACUUCCAAUUACACAAUUAAGGAGAUACCUGAUUCUAUAGGAAAUCUCAUACAUCUACGGCGUCUUGAUCUAUCUUAUUGUGAAAUUAAGAGACUUCCUGAGUCAAUAUGUCUGCUGUAUAACCUACAAAUAUUGAGGUUGGUCAAUUGCAGACUCUUGGUUGAGUUGCCUGUUGAUUUUCAUAAAUUAAAAGAUUUGCGGCUUCUAGAUUUACUAUACACUAUGUUGAAAAAGAUUCCACCAAAUAUGGGAGAGAUGAAAAAUCUUCAAGUUCGAUCGGCAUCAUUUAGAGUGGGCAAACAUAAUGAGCUUAACAUCAAACAAUUAUGCGAACUCAAUCUUCAGGGAAAGCUUUCAAUUUAUGAGUUGCAGAAUGUAGCUCAUGGAAUGGACGCCUUACAAGCCAACUUGAAAGAAAAAAGGUACCUUGAGGAGUUACUCUUCGAAUGCAAUAAAGACAAUAAUGAUGAUUCUCAGAAUGAGAGGGAUGUGCUAGAGAAGCUGCAACCUCACCAAAAUUUGAAGAAACUAUCAGUCGAGAACUAUGGUGGCACAAGGUUUCCAGAUUGGUUUGCUGAUAACACAUUGUCCAACAUAGUGGAGCUCCGAUUACAAGGUUGCAAGUAUUGUUUCGUGUUGCCAUCGUUAGGCCUUUUGCCUUCUCUCAAGUCACUACUCAUUGGAAAGUUGGACGGCAUUGUGGCUAUUGGUGCUGAAUUUCUCGGAAGUGAUUCUUCUACUGUUCCAUUUAGAUCUCUUGAAACCUUGGAGCUCGAGGGAAUGGUGAAUUGGGAGGAAUGGGAUUGUGCGACUGCUUCAAGGGCCUUCCCAUGCCUUAAACAGCUUUGUAUAAGAAAGUGUCCAAGGCUUAAAGAGAAUUUGCCCGAACAACUUCUUUCUUUAACUAAUCUUUUUAUUCAAGAUUGCCCACAACUUGUAGCUUUGGUUCCACGAGCCCCGACAAUUCGAUGGUUGGUUCUUGAAAACUGUGGAAACGUGCGGUUGGAAUAUAUCCCAUCCACUCUAAAAGCACUCUGCUUUCGUGGACCAUGCAUGAAGGUGAGUUUGCUUGAAAAGAUUGAGCAAACCAUUAGUAACUCCUGUAUUGAAGAGGUUGCGAUUUGCGACUGUCCGGAUUGGGAGUUCCCAUUGAAGCAACAUCAUGACUCACUUCGUGAGAUACGGAUAUAUAGAAGUUGUGGGUCUCUUGGGACCUACGCAUUGGAUCAAUUCCCCGCACUUCAGGAUUUGUCUCUGUAUGGUUGUGAUAAUUUUGAAAUGAUUUCUAUUUCAGAGGGGCGCAACCAUGGGAAUCUUACAAGUUUAAGCAUUACGAAGUGUCCAAAAUUCAUAUCCUUUCCGGAAGAGGGGUAUUUUGCCCCUAGGCUAAAAUAUUGCCACUUUGAAGAUUUGGAGGAUUUGAAAUCAGUACCUGAGCAUAUCAACAUUUUUGCUCCGUCUCUUAGUGAACUACGUAUAAGAGAUUGUCCACAAAUGGAAUCGUUGCCAGAGGGGGGUCUGCCAUCAAAACUGACGCAUCUUUCUAUCAGCAAAUGCCCGAAACUGUUUGCAUGUCGAAUGCAAUGGGGUUUGCACGAUUAUGAUUUUCUACGUGAAUUGAGCAUCAUAGGUGACGAUGUGGUGGAGUCUCUACCUAAACCAGGACUACUCCCAACUUCUCUUACUUUUCUUUGGAUCGGCAACUGUUCCAAUCUCAGAAUGUUGGACUACAAGGCUCUUUGUGAAUCGCCCUGCCUCAAACAUUUAACUAUUAUGAAUUGUUCGAGACUCGAAUGCUUGCCCAUGGAGGGCCUCCCCACUUCCCUUUGUUCCCUUCAAAUUAGCGGAGCUUGUCCAACGCUUAAACAAAGAUGCCAGAAACCAGAAGGGGAAGAUUGGGAAAAGAUUGCUCACAUCCCUCGCGUUGAUAUUUAUUAG